UUUUGGGUUUUGAUGGCGUAAGUUAUCAAUCUAUGGCGUCGUCCAGAUCGUCGAUUCUUCGCUGCAUGACGUCCCAAUUCACCGCGCAAAUCCGACGGAACCGCAGACUCCUCAGCUCAGCUUCUCCCUCCGCUCUUCACGAAGCCUCUUCUCCGUCUCCGUCUUCCUCCGAUGCCGUUCAUAUUACAGAGAAUUGUGUUCGGAGAAUGAAGGAACUACAAGCUAGUGUAGAAUCAUCAAAUGAGAAGAUGCUUCGCUUGAGUGUAGAAACUGGUGGAUGCUCUGGUUUCCAAUAUGUUUUCGAUUUGGAUGACAAAGCCAACCCAGAUGACAGGGUUUUUGAGACUGAAGGAGUCAAAUUGAUUGUGGACAAUAUUUCAUACGAUUUUGUAAAAGGGGCAACUGUAGAUUAUGUUGAGGAGCUUAUUCGUUCAGCUUUCGUGGUAACUACAAAUCCAAGUGCAGUUGGCGGGUGCAGUUGUAAAAGCUCUUUUAUGGUCAAGCAGUAGCUCUGCAAGUAACUGACAAUAAUAAUCUUUUUCAAGCAGCGGUAAGAAGCCAUUUAGGUUCAGCUCGACAGGAAAAAAUAUACCUAUUAUUUGACAUGAUUUUUUUUUAGAAUAACAGUAACAGAGUCAAAAAUCCCAUAUGCUUAUUCAUUAACAUUGUUAUUCAUGUGACAAAAGCGGCUUGUAUUAUACCAACUAGCCGUUGAGAUAUUUUCAUGCUUUUCCUGUUGGUACUUGUCUCAUGGUUGAGCUAGCAUCCAAUUAGAUUGAAAUUGGGAAUUUAGAUUAUCUACAUGUUACUA